AUGCUAUAUGGGGACGAUAUUGUGCUCAUCGACAAAUGUACGAUUCAACUGCAAGCGACACUCGAGCAAUGGAGACGGGCUCUCGAGAACAAUGGCCUCCAUAUAAGCAGGAGCAAGACCGAGUUUCUGAGGUGCAGUUUUAGUGAACAAUAUACGCCCAACAUAAGUGUCUCCAUCGACGGCCAGCCACUGCCCUGCGUCAGCAAAUUUAAAUACCUCGGCUCAGUGCUAACAGCGGAUGUCAACAUUGACGCAUACGUCACUCAUAGAAUUAAUGCAGCGUGGCUAAGGUGGAGAACUCUAUCAGGAAUACUUUGCGAUAGCAGGAUGCCAAUACAACUGAAAGGAAAGAUUUACAAAACUGCUGUAAGAUCUGCCAUGUUAUAUGGUGCCGAAUGCUGGGCGGAUAAGAAGAUCCAAAAAAUGCAUACGAAUAAAAUGAAAAUACUACGAUGGUCAGCAGGCGUAACGAAACUUGAUAAAGUGCGCAACGUGUACAUCAGAGGUGCCUUUAAAGUUACGCCCAUUGUAGACAAGAUGGUCGAGAGUCGUAUGCGAUGGUAUGGGCAUGUAAUUAGGCGGGAAGAAGAACACCCAGUGAGGAAGGCCUUGGCAAUUACAGAGAAAAAGAAAGGCAGAAGACGCCCGUUAGCCACGUGGUGA